AGCCUGGAGUGCAAGCCAACGGUGGAAGCACAAGAAAGAGCGGAGAGCAAGCAGGACCGCCGCUGAAAUGGCCACCAAACUUGUGGAUCUGGUGUACUGGCGUCACAUGUGGAGGACUGGUGUGGUGUUUACAGGGCUGGUAAUCGGUCUGGCCAGCUUGUUCCAGCUUAGUGCCGUCACUGUGGUCUCCAACGUCUUUCUGGGUGUCAUGUGCAUCACCUUCCCCCUCCGUUUUUAUUAUAAGCUACUGGAGCUCCUGCGCUGGAACCCCGGGGUUCACCCCUUUCAGUCGUGUCUGGAUUAUGACAGCUCUCUGACAAAUAAGGAGACGGUGAUGCUGGUGGAGGAGAUAGUGCUGCUGAUCGCAUUUGCUGUCACAGAAAUCAAACGGCUCAUUUUCAUUGAAAACAUAUUUGACUCUAUUAAGUUUGUUGUGCUUCUGUAUCUGCUGACCUAUGUUGGCGUCCAAACUAAUGGACUGACCCUGGUAAUAAGUGCUGUGAUCGCUGUUUUCUCCCUUCCUCUGCUGUACAAAAAGCAGCAGGUGCGGAUAAGAAGGAUGACUAGAGCCGUCAGAGCUUUUGUAAAGAGAGUCAAAAGCCUGUUCUCCAGUGUGUACGAUUUGGCGAGGCCCCCUCCUGCCCCUGCACCAAAACCUGCAAUUUCAGCUGCAAAUGUGCCCAAACAGAAAGCCAAGUCAAAGUAACUGUGUUGGUCACGUAUUGAAAACACCCAGCAUUUGGGAUUUGGGGAAAGCCUGGAAGGGCACAUCCUCUGGGGGGCCGCUGGAGGGGCUGCUCGUUUCCACUUCUCCACCAUGAUGUUUGUUUAUGGGAGCAAGAUAUAAUUGAUCCUGACAGCUUAAACAAAGCUGCCAUUCACUGAAGGAGAGAGAGGAUGAGGAGGUGUAUGAGGAGGGGAAUUUUAUUUACUGUGAUGCUCUCUGUGGGCAGCGUCUAAUAGAACCAGUUCACACAGUCAUCCUCUUCAAGUAGGCUAUGGAUGGCACAGAACAUCACAGCUUUUUUUUUCUUUAAUAACAAGUGUAUUUUUACAUAACUAGUGCGCUGUGUUCCUGUCAAACUGUGGAAGUAUUUAUAAUGAAGCCCUGCAGCAUUAUUGCUGCUUUUAUUAUGAAGCAUCAUUCAUUGUUAGCUGGAUAGAAUAAAAAGACAUGAACAUUGCCUGCUAUUAAUCAGCAUUAAUAGUGUUGCACUUGCUAAGUCGAGGAAAAAGCUUGGUAAGCAGCCAGCCCUACAACCUUUAAAAGACUUACAUGAGAAAUAAUGAGAGUGUUCUCCUUUAAUCUUAGUGCUAAUCACUUUUAAUUAGAAACAAACAGUGACCUCAUAUUGUGGGAAAGCAGUUUGCUAAUAAAAAAAGUACAACUCUUAACAAGUGGGAGGAAUUUUGACUGUACAUGCAGUUCAUUUUGAUUGAUCAAAACACAAAAAGGCACUUUCUAGAUAACAUCUUAGACUGUAUACAAAAGAUGGACAUAGCAACCAUGAAAUCACCCAAAGUUUAAAAAAAAAAUUGCCAUGUUGAUGUUUUUUUAAACCACACGACAUGAGUGUGGGACGGUUUUGGUUGUGUAACUGGGCGACACCACACGCUCCCUGGCUAACGACUUGUCAAUCACAUGGUAAAGCAUUCCUUGCUUUA